CUUCCAGGUUUCUGCAAACUCGCCCUGGAUCCCAAGCUGGACCGCUGGCUCCGUGUGACAGAUCUUCAAGAAAACCCAGACUCCUUCUUCUAAGUGUGUUUUUUGAAUGCUUCGCAAGUAACCAGGAACGGGCGAGAGGACAGCGCUGGAGAGAAACUGUGGGAGCUUUGCAGUUCCUGGCUCCGGGACCUUGUGAUUUCCAUUCACCAAAGGGAAGAGCUCACUCCAAUGGCUGUGGAGACAGACGGGGGAUUCUUCUAAAUUGCAAAGGAAAAUACAUCACUCACCCAUGGAGGGGAAGAGACAGCUGGAUAGAAGGGACUUUGGUAAAAGACUCUCUCUGGACAGCAGUCUUGUGGAAUACAUGGACUCUAACAAAUGCAUCGAACACCUGCUGGCACAGCUCAGGGAGCAACACAGAAGUCUCUGGCGGGAGAAGCUGGCUGUGGCCAGGCUGCAGAGAGAAGUUGCCCAAAGGACAAGCCAAGGAGCCAUGCACGAGAAGCUGAUACAUGAGUUGGAAGAGGAACGGCACUUGCGGCUACAGAGUGAGGAGCGGCUGCGGGAGGUGACCCUGGAGUCAGAGCGCAACAGGAUCCAGAUGCUUGGCCUGCAGCAGCAGUUUUCCAGAAUGGAAGAAACUGUCCGAAGUCUGUUGCAGAGCCAAGGAUCUCCAGAGCAGAAAAAGGAAGAACCUGCCAAGAUCGCAGCCUACCAGGAACGACUAGCUGAAGAAGAGAGAAAAGAGCAAGCAGCACUGGGUGACAUCCAUGUGGCAGAGGCCGAUGAGGACUCAAGAAGUGAGCACAGUAGUGUGGAGGAGGGGAAAGAAGACAGCAGACUGCUCCUGAAGAGACUGAAGGCCCUGGAGGCGGAGAACUCAGCACUGGCACUGGAAAAUGAGAAUCAGAGAGAACAGUAUGAGAGAUGUCUUGAUGAGGUAGCCAACCAAGUUGUUCGAGCUCUACUCACUCAAAAGGAUCUAAGGGAGGAGUGUGUAAAGUUGAAAACAAGAGUGUUUGACUUGGAGCAACAGAACCGAGCACUCAGCCUCCUGUUCCAACAGCGAGUCAGACCAGCUUCUGACGUGCUCCUCCAGGAACACCUCCAGAAUGCAAAAUCAGGAACCCCUGCCUUGAAACACUCUGGCUCAGGGGUUGUCAUCCCUGAUCACCUCUGUCCUCGCAACAGCUGCAGCAGCAGCAGUGAGCUAUCGCUGUCAAGCACCUGCAGUGAGUACUCCAGUGGCUCCUCCUACACGUGGCAAGACAGGAAGCUCAUUGGGAAAAGGCAAUCAUCGAGGAUCUGGGAUAAAAGACUGAGUAUUGAUUCUUCGCUCCCAAGUGGCUUCGCCAGCCCUGCAGAUGAACUACCUCCGACCCGUAUCAAAGAAAGCCACAUUUUAGAAGGACUGAGGAAGCUACAGAAGCGGAAAGUGUUCCUUGAAUCACCAUCAUCGGUGAUAAGCAAAUGGGGUUAUAAAGAUUGCAUGAACUCGAAUGAGGGGAUCUAUUCGCCAGGAAUUAAAACCAGCAGCCUCAAGGAGUGUCCGCCCUGCCAACCGUCUGGCAUGGGGAUCCCCUGCCAGAAACUCCAUCAGACAUUCAUCUAUGAUGCAAAUUCUCAUGAGGAUGCACAUGAAGAUUUCCCAUCCUCAGCCUUGCCACUCACAUCUCCGAGCCAGGGCUACAGGAUACAGGGCAGUAAAUUGACACACAGUGUUUCAGACAGUCUAUUUAACUGGGAGCCACAUAGGAAAUACUUUGCAGAAGGUACAGCCUCAGUUUAUACCAGAGAAAUGCCUGAAAGGUUAGCUCGUUGUGCUAGCCACUGCCCCUUGGAGAGGAAGCUAUGCCCCAGUAUUCACCUGCCCUGGGUGCAAAGAGACAGGGACCCACACAGCCAAGCUCAUGGCCACGUGCCUCUGAACCUGCAGCUCUCAGAUACCGAUGACAAUGAAACCCUAAAUGAGCUGCACAUAGAGAGCAGCGAUGAGAGAAGCCCUUCAGACCUGUCCUUGACUGGGGACACUGACAAGUCCAUGGAGAACCUAGAGGUGGGAUUCAGAAAAUCUGAAGGUGGCUCUCGGGAUAUGGGGGAAGAAGCAUGUCCCACCCACUUAGAGACUAGCCCAAAGGCAUUCGGCUUCAUCAAGCAGCAAAGGGUUGUCAAGAGGACCUCUUCCGAAGAAUGUGUCACGGUCAUAUUUGAUGCAGAAAAUGGAGAGCCAGUGGAAUUCAGCUCUCACCAGGCUGGAGUUGUCACUGUCACCAGGGAUGAAAUUGCCAUCAGCUCAGCCCUUGCUGGGCCCUCAGAGGAAGUCACUGAACUUUCACCUCAGGAAAUUACUCACUUACAGGCAGGUGCUGCUGCAAGAGACUAUCCUUUUCUGAAGAAACCUGAAGAGGAGACUGAGAAAAACAUUCCAAAAGAUGAAAACAGUCUUCUCACAGCUCCGAAUGACUCCUUCAGCUCUCAGACUGUAAUAACUCAGAAUUCCCCACGACCAAAGCUUGCCAAGCCCACACAGGGGGUAGCCUGGCAGGGUAAUUCUAGACCUGUUAGAAACAUGGGUGUCUACACAAAGCAAGGUCUGACAAAAAUCCCUUCCAGAGGCAAGUCUUCACCUCAGAAAUCAAAACUGGUGGAGUCUAUGCCCACCAUGCUGGUCCCCUCCAGUGCUCUAGUGACUUCUGAAAAGACACCAGCAUCCCCUAUGGGGAAACUCUCACAGUGUAGAAAGGCAGAGAGUCCUGGUUCUCUUUGUGAUGUACAACCAGAAUCACACAUUCCAAAACACCCCACCCAGCUUCCUCAUAUUCCCAAAAUUUCCAAUAAGAAGAAUUGUGUUCAGUGCCCCAAAAAUCAAACUGCAGGGAUCCAGACACUGCAUCUCAUGGGGAGAAGUGACAGUGGUGAAUCCCCCAUGAAGCCCAACGGCUGUGUCUCUGAGCCACAGACAAGAAUGAGGUCUCCCUCCCCUCCAACCCCUCCAGGGAGAUCAGUGUCGCUCCUGGUCAGACCCAGUUAUGACUAUCCACCACUACCAUCACCUGCCAAACCUGAAACUCGGGUCCCUGGAGACACCGUAAGUCCAGGGUUGACAUCCCCAUUGUUGAAAGGAUCCGCUGCUCCUCUUGUCUCUUCCGGUCCAGUGAUGUCAGAAAUACAGAAGAAACCAUCUGUGGCCUCCAGAAAGCCUGCCUUCCCUCCAACUCCUCCCUCAACCCAAGCGGUGGUGCACACCCGAUACCCUGAACACAUACCCUCCAGCCCAUUUGCUGUGACGACUUCGGGGCCUCCAAAAGUCUCUCCAAAAAGAGGCACCCCUAAACUUUCCCCUCACCAUGCGCUUGGAACCGCCCACACGGACACAGACUUACAGAUACCCAAGACUUGUCCUUCAAGCUGUGAACUGCUAGAGGUGACAUCUUGUACAAGCCUGUCUCCAGGGAGGAAAAGACAGUUAAGUGACAGCACUGUGAUGCCACACAGGCCUUCCUUCUCAGGGGUGAAUGAGUCCUUGACACCUCAGGUUAACAGUCCACCCUCCUCUUCCUCAUCCUGUAGAAACCAGGGCACCUCACAAGGUGGUCAGAACCCUCCGGAGAAAGGACCUAAAACUCGCCUCCCGGUAGGACUCAAAGUUCUCAUGAAGUCUCCUCAGUUGCUCAGGAAAACUUCCAUGGUACCAGGGAAACAAGAAAAGGAUAGUUUAAAUGAAGCAUCCCGAAGCUCUGCUGCAGCAAACAAGUCUAAUCCUGAGGACUCCAAGGACCCUACAAGUCUGGAGACCUCAAGAGAUGAGAGAACCACAGCCUUACGAGGUCUGAGAGGUCCCGACAGUCUAGCUAGAGGACUUGCCUUAGACUCAACAAUGACAGAAUCGUUGGAAUGUAGCAUCUCCAGAGAUGAUGGAAGAGAUGGGGCAGACAGCAGAGCCAUAAAAAGGUCCUUCUCCUCCAGCAAGCCACACCUAAAGCCUGCUCUAGGCAUGAAUGGAGCCAAAGCUCGGAGUCAGAGCUUCAGUAGCCACUUGGGAGAGAAGCCUUCCACACCCCCAACAGAAGGGCCAGGCAAGAUUCGAACUCAGAUUAUCACCAACACGGCUGAAAGAGGCAAUUCCCUCACCAGACAGAAUAUCUCAAUGGAAGGGUCCCCAAGCAAGACCCCCUCUGUCUCAACGUCUGAUAAUCUGCCCAGUGCUGGAAGGCCUCUGGGAAACCCCUUUUCCAGGCAGAGUUCUCUCUGUAGCACGGGAAGUUCUAGCAGCCAGCAUGGAAGCCCAAGCAAGUUACCUUUGAGGAUGCUCACAAGGCCAGAAGGACUCCUCACUCCUGGAGUGGAUGACCAGUGGUUCUCUACUCAGGAAGAAUGUCCCGAAAGAGGUGUUCAUGAGCAUUCUAGCAGUGACCACCAUAGGCAUCCAUCUCCUCUAUCAGACUGCCCUCAAUCCCAGCAAGUUCCAGGGAAGAUGCAGUGCCCAAGCAAUUUGGAAACAAGUGGAAUAUCUAAGCUAGAAACUUCUGGAAGGCAUCCAGAUGCUUCUUCAACUGGGGCUAGUGUCGUGAGCCCAGAAGCCCCCCUCUCACCCUCCAUCGAAGAAAAGGUCAUGUUGUGCAUUCAGGAGAAUGUGGAAAAGGGCCAAGUGCAGACAAAGUCUGCCUCUGUGGAAGUGAGGCCCAGGGCAGGGCCUUCCUUCACCAGCUGGUUUGGUUUUCGAAAGAGCAGGCUUCCAGCUCUCAGUAGCAGGAGAAUGGAAGCAUCCAAGAGUAAAGUGGAAAAGAAAGACACAAAACUGAAAUCCGAGAGGAAGAAAGAAAAGAAGAAAGCUGAAGUACAAUCAAAGAUAGAAAACGAACUGAGUAGGGGUACCAAGAAGGCAGAUGGUCAGAGUCCAGACGAUGGUUUGCAAAGCUCAGAAAGUCUGAAACACUCCCAAGACAUUUAUAACCAAAUGAAGUCGGAGCCAAGGAAUAGACCCAGCCCUGCUGUGUGCCCAACAAAAGAUGCCUUUAUGACAGAACUUCUAAACAGAGUUGAUAAGAGAGCCACGGUACAGACAGAGAGUGGAUCAAAGGGUGUUUCCUGCAGGAGCGUGUUAGAGGGCACCUCCCGGGGCUCCUGUUUCGCCAGCGGCUCUGUGAGCGCUCAAGGAAGUCAAAAGAAAAACAUCAAAACCAAAGUCGAUAUGGAAAACCCAAGAGAAUCUUUGGGGGCCGAGGUCAAUGAAGAUGUACGAGAAGAUGAAGAAGAUAGAGUUGCUGACACUCCUCUCCAGAGCCACAUGAUAGAAUCCAACUGCCAGAUGAGAACACUGGACAGCGGGAUUGGAACCUUCCCCCUCCCAGACUCAGGAAACCGCUCAACGGGACGAUACACAUGCCAGCAGGACUCUCCAGAGGACCCUGAUGCCCUCCUGCCUCUCCAGCCAGCCCCUUCCAUGGCAUCCUCUGCCACAGCCCAAACCCUUGACCGCAAAGUGCCUUCUUCCACAGACAGCCAGAGCUCCCCAGAGUCCAUGAUCAUCCAUUCCAUGUCUGACCCCAGCAUGCUGGCCAUAGAGAUGAGAGCCUCACAGAGUCACCUCCCCAAACCUCCCUCCUCAGGAAAACCUAGUUUUGAAAAGCAAAAUGGAGCAGAGUCAAAGGCUCACACUGGCCCAUCAUUCGAAUAUACUGAGGAUGCAGUGGCAAGUGAGCCCCUUUCAGGAUGGAGGGGCGAAGACGCUACUACUGAGACCCAGGAACCGAAACAAGUUGAAGAAACAAAAGAAGAUCCUGAGAAUAGAUUAUCUGAAAUUUCCCUGGAGUCAUUCAAUAAAUUUAGCAGCAAUACUGUGAUUUUAUUAGGAAAAGAGAAGUCUCCAAGUGAGGUUGAAGGACAAAAGGAAGAGAAAGACAAAAAGACAGAAGUGUCUUCGAGUAGCUCCGAAAGGCCUGGGGUGGACCGCGUGGAGUCUCUGAGUGACUCUCUGUAUGACAGUUUCUCCUCUUGUGCAAGUCAAGCUUCCAACGAGGCCUAGAGGAGCAUCCCUCAGUGAGACUCCUGCAUGGUACACUAGGCAAACAGACUCUGGAGCCGGGCAUGCAGGAGGACUCACUCCGGAGAAGCUGAUAGUCAGUCCCCCAGAGUUUACUUCUCUCGUGGACAGGUAGAGAUUGCCUCUACUUACUGUGUUUUGAAAGGAUUAAAAAAACAAAAUAUGAUGGAGAAUUAUCAACGUUUGCACUUUUUUGAGUAUUUGUAUAAAAGUUGUAAAUUUUUUUUUGGGGGGGGAAGAGAAGUUAUAUUUGCAGGGGGAGAAAGAUAGCAAUAAAAAAGAGUUGGCGUCAUGCUCUUGAAACGAUGCAUUAAGUUCUAGAAGUUGAUAAUAUAUUUUUUAAAAGCCCCAGCUGAAGAUUUGGUGAACGUAAUCAUCUUGGUCCUCAAGCCAUUUGUGCAUAUACUGUCACUCUAUGUGGAUAUACUGUCAAUCUAAGCGUGGGGCAGGCAGGAAAGCCAGAGGGGUUGAGGUCACCUGUUCUGGAGGUCUCUCUCGAUUGGGUGGUCCAAUUUCCACAUUGUGUCUCGAGGAAGAUGUGAUGAGAUCGGUGUUCUGUUGGAGAAUUAAGUGUGGGCACUGAUUAGGUGGCACCGGAUGAUGCAGAAGGGAGCAGAUCUUAGGAGGUUUCACUCCCGACCUCUUCUAUCCAUUGUAUUUCUUCCUCUCCAUUGUAUUUCUCACAAUUCCGAGUGUUUGCUGUUUUCUUUUUAAAUCUCCCUGCUUUUUUAUUAUUAUUAAAAACCUGGGUACUCUUUGCCAUAUCGUCUUUAUAAAAAUAAAUGAAUGGUUGGUGCUAUGAAACUUUCUUACUUUUUAAUAUCCUUUUUUCUAUUAAAGACUGUUUAUAUGGGAGGAUAAAUUCUAUUUUAAAGGUUAUGUGUAUUUUUUCUAGACGUGAACUAUUUAUAAUUCCUUCUGUACAGAAGCCUACAGACCAGGCAGAAUAGAGCUAUGUUUAGGAUUUGUGUGGUUACCUUAGAACACUUGUAUCUUUAUAGAGUAUUGUAUGACCAGUGUUAUUGUAUUUGUGCAAUUUGUUGUAUUUGGAUUUCAUUACCUUAAAUUCAAGCUGCGCCUAAAGUAUCCUCCUUGUCUUUAAAAAAAAAAAUCCUUUUGUUUCAUUUCAUUUCGGAAUAAACG